AUGCAGUGGUACGUCAUCGCUUCGCUGCUCACAAUUCUUACGAGCUCUCAGGGAAUAUUGACAACAUUAUCACAGAGUAAUGGGGGAUACAAAUAUGACUAUGCCACUGUGCCUUUUCUUUCUGAAGUUUUUAAGCUUAUUGUAUCUGCUACUCUAUUAUGGAGAGAGUGCAAGAGAUCACCUCCUCCUAAAAUGACCACGGAAUGGAAGAGUGUUCGUUUGUACCCAAUUCCAUCAACCAUAUAUCUCAUUCAUAACAAUGUUCAGUUUGCUACAUUGACAUAUGUAGAUACAUCUACGUAUCAGAUUAUGGGAAACUUGAAGAUUGUUACAACUGCAAUAUUAUUCAGGCUGUUUUUGAAAAGGAAGCUCUCUAAUUUGCAGUGGAUGGCUAUUGUUCUAUUGGCUGUUGGAACCACAACGAGCCAGGUGAAAGGCUGUGGAGAAUCAUUUUGCAACUCGCUCUUUUCGUCACCAAUUCAGGGAUACAUGUUGGGCAUAUUGUCUGCAUGUCUUUCAGCCCUCGCAGGUGUUUAUACUGAAUUCUUGAUGAAGAAGAACGACGAUAGCUUAUACUGGCAGAAUGUUCAAUUAUAUACAUUUGGUGCUAUAUUCAACCUUGCACGGCUUGUCUUGGAUGAUUUUAGAAGUGGGUUUGAGAAAGGACCAUGGUGGCAACGCCUUUUCUAUGGAUACAGUAUCACUACUUGGAUGGUAGUGUUAAAUCUGGGGUCAACAGGGCUUUUAGUAUCUUGGUUAAUGAAAUAUGCAGACAACAUUGUAAAGGUAUACUCCACAUCCAUGGCAAUGUUACUGACAAUGGUAUUAUCUGUGUUCCUUUUCGAUUUCAAGCCAACAGUGCAGCUCUUUUUGGGAAUUAUUCUCAGGAAAGUGCAGUUGAGGUUUCUGUUGAUCGAAGAACAGAUUCUCGAGCAUCUUCAUGAAAGCAAACAAUUUCUCGCAGCUCUUUUUGGAAAUAUUCACUGCAUGAUGCCGCUGCCCAUGUAUUUCACCUCUCCGUGCAUGCUUGUGGAUAUGCCAUUGACAGCAAAAGCAGCGCUAAUAGUUCGAUCAAGAUUUUCUGUUGGUCGAAGAACAGAUUCUCGAGUCUCUUCAGGAAAAUUAAGCAUUUUCUUGGUAUUUCUACUCUUAGUAGGAAAAUUAACGGCAACCUUUUGUGAUGUCUUGAAAUGUGUAGAUUUACAAUCACACUAUGUAGGAAUAGCGAAAUUAAAUUCGAAGGGAUUCUAA